AUGUCUGCGAAGUCUGGGACUCGGAGCGGACCGUGGUCGGUAUUGUCAGGCGUGAUGGUGGGAUUCCUACGCUUAUCGACCAGCACGAGAAAAGAGAAGGAAAGAAAAACAGCCGAGGUGGGAACACUACGUGCUUUCUGGUUGUGGGACGGUAAAGCGGCCACACCCGCGGUGUCCUUUACUGUUCAGCAGGCAGGAAAUGGAGACAUGACAGUGUCAGACCUUAGAUGUUCACCUUCACAACAGAGCAGGAAUUUAAGUCCCAGAGUAGGACACAACGACGAGGCUAAGGUGAGGUCUAAUAUAGAGCUCCUGAUAUGA